CGUAAUAACAUAAUCUGAUAAUGCAAGAAUAUUUACCUUACGUCAUCUACGGAUGUGUUACCAUAUUAGUAAUCACGACCAUUACUUUAAUAGUAUUCUUAGUAACCUCAUUACAUAAGACCCCUGAGCCACAUAAUAAUGUCUCUCAGGUACUUGAUAAUACCCUUGAGAAAGUAGAUGAGGUCCCUAAGGUAUCCGGUGUUACCCCUCAGACAUUAGAUAGUAUCCCUCAGGCAUUACAUAAUACCCCUGAGCCACUUAAUAAUGACUCUCAGGUACUUGAUAAUACCCUUGAGAAAGUAGAUGAGGUCCCUAAGGUAUCCGGUGUUACCCCUCAGACAUUAGAUAGUAUCCCUCAGGCAUUACAUAAUACCCCUGAGCCACUUAAUAAUGACUCUCAGGUACUUGAUAAUACCCUUGAGAAAGUAGAUGAGGUCCCUAAGGUAUCCGGUAUUACCCCUAAGGCAUUAGAUAGUAUCCCUAAGGCAUCACAUAAUACCCCUGAGACAUUAGAUAAUGCCUCUAAGUUAAUUGAUCAACCCGUCAAGCCACAAGUUUUAUCACCCGAAAGUAAAUUAUCAGCAAUAAAAGAUAAACUUCGCCAUUUCUUUACCGACAAUUACAACUUAACACCCGACGAUCUUAAUAUAAUAGAUCAUUACACUUUUGAUCUUUCGAUGCCGCCUCACACGAAUUUCCUACAAUGGAAGUUAGAUCCCAAACAAUUUAAACAACUUGCUGACUUGGGUAUAAGAAUAUUACGUAACCUAAAUAAAGACUCAUCAGAUUCCGAGAUGGCUGACAAGUACUCAAAAAUUACCGACAAUAUUUUAGAACGGAUUACUUCGAGACGAAUUGAAGAUUUGAACGAUGCUUUCAGAUCCUAUGAAGACUUAUUGGCCACGAUAACAACAAUGGCGGCCAUGUUUCAAUUGAUAGUCAAUAUUAAUGGCAACAAACCCAAGUACCAUCAGUUAAUACUUGACUUAAUAAAGAAAAUACCAGAAUAUACUAGUUAUCCUAAGGGUACACUCCUUUCUAACGCUAGUAAUCUAUUCAAUUUAUCAACACCCAGGCUGUUAACGAACUAUAUUAAUGCCACUGAAGACUUUAUCACUGAUUCAAAGUCCAAUAGUUUAAAACACUUCCAUGAGUUGAUCAAUAAUGACAAAAGUAUCAACGAUAUAUCAAGUGAUAUUAUUAAUAUAGACGGCUCCGCGUUCAAGUACGACGCAGAUAAAAAUCUACAUAUGAUUAACUACUCAAAUUUCUUGUCUAAUAUCGGGACAUAUAUUUAUCACUCAGAUUUUUAUGCCGCAGUUUAUACAAUCCUUGAUAUCCCGGGUAAUUAUUAUGAGGUGGUUAGAAAAUUAGUCAGGAUAAUACUGCACCCGAGCAUUAAGAAUAUUAAUCCUUUAUUUGAUUCGCGGUGUGAUAUUGAUGUCAGGGCUACGAAAUUUGACUGGCUGGACCUCAAAGGCGAGCUAGGAUGUUAUCUGAUCCCAUCGAUUGGUCUGGGAAUUAUCAAGACCAAAGAUUUCAUGUUUUCCUUGCGUGUGCCCAUGCCGGAAAUAUCGAACUAUUGUGAUUUGGAUGCCGGUGGCUGUUUAUUGGCCGGAAUUCAAACACGGGAAAUACAUUUCGCGGAAACGGGUGCAGCUUCUGGGUCGCCUGGGAAUUCUAGUAGACUGGGAUUGAUAACCCAUGGGAAGACCGAGUGUUUUAAAAGGUCUGACGUUGAAGGAAUUAAUGUCAACUCGCGGGGUCAUUUCAUCGGCCGGUUGGUUGAUAAGGACAUAAUGUUCUGGAAAAUGGAAUACCGAGUAGAGAAGUUUGAGGUUAAGGAGCUGGGGGUGGUUAAUUCUAGUGGUAUGGAAGCGUUUUAUAAAGUCACUAAUAAUCAAGAGACUGAUGAUUUGUACUUUAAGUGGCGGGGUAGUGAUGAUAAAGUCGAUUAUAGUAUUGACGUGGAAGGGUUUGAAGAAGAUGGCGAUCACGUUAAGAUGGCCGCCAAAACAUCCGGACGGUUUACGUGGAAAAUGAAAGUUGGUAAUAAAGAACCGCUCAAUUUGGCGAAAGAUUGGGACGUGAUGAAAUUCGAAGAUGGUAUGAAGAUUUAUAAAGUUCAGAAAUUAGAAUCGCAGAAACAAUUUAAGGUUGAAUGCAAUGAUAAAAUUAUACUGAUUGGUGGCAGCAGCACCAAGGUCGAUGAUGUUAUUAAUUAUAAUGGUGAUAAUUAUCGACGUGAUAACAAAACUAUGAUGUAUAUUAAAGAAUAAUUAAAUUUGAAAUCAAUUAUAUAAUUAUUGAAGUAUUUGGAAAUUUUAAUUUUUGAAA